AUGGAAAUUCCAGAAGAAAGGAUCAUUAGAUUAAAACCGCAUUGCUACUAUUCAUGUGACAUAUGCUCUACUAUUGCAAAUCCUAUUAGUUUCAUUAAUGCUUACGGAAUUCAUUCGAAAAGAUUACAGCUAUUUUUACAUGAAAAGUAUAAUUUAGACCGAAUCAAGCCUACGAGAUAUGUCUUUAUGAAUAGAGAAUACGAUAAGCCUAGAUAUAUCAAAAACAUGGAUGAAAUAUUUAAUGAGACAAAGAAAGCUUUUCCUGACAUAAAUUGGGAGAACCAAACAGAUAUAUACAAUCUCACUGAAGCUGCUUCGGUGUUUGCGUCUAUAAAAUUCAUGUAUUCACCAACCGGAUCCAAUAUUUUCAAAUGUUAUUUAAUGCAUCCGUUUUCUGUAAUGGUCGUUGUUUCUACAAGAUGUGCUGAUAACUCAGCAGCAGCAGCUGCAACACAUUGCGAUAUUUUCAUGAUUAUGUAUGCUGGAAAUCCUUUAGAUCACCACCAAUGGGGUGGCGCAAUUAUUGAUGUGAAAUAUGCUAUUGAGAUGAUUAGAAAUGGAUUGAUUUGCUUAAGAGAACGAAAAAUUCCAAACAUUACUUGA